AGUGGAGAAGCUAUUGUUUAUGUUCUUUCGGUGACCGAGGUGGAAGGUUGUUCUGCCCCACACGAUCACACAGAGUGUGUAAAAAUUAAAGAAACAAAUGGAGAUGAAGUGAUACUAUCUAUUAAAUCUGGUAUUGACCAAUGGUACUACAGACCUUGUAAACGGAAAAGCUAUGAAUUCAUAUUUUGGUGCUUUUUAUAGGCAUAGUUGGAGUAUCGAUAAAUGCAUCCCAUACUCGGGUAGCCACUCUUAUGACGACGAUGAUUUUUACAAUAAAGCUGCUGCAGAAGAGCGAAGAAGGAUUAUCGAACUUUCAUUGAAAGGAUAUAAUACAGCUUGCUUAUUUAUAAAUAAGGGAGGGGAUUAUUAUUCGUUUAAAAGAAGGAUGGACGAACAAGAAUUACUUUUUAAAGAACUGAACAGACAAAUAAUGCCAAAUACCACUAUCGAGUAUGUGUAUUUUUGCAUGUUUGACAGUAGUUGCUGCGAUUUGUAUAGUGAAACACCGCAAAGCAACAUACAUGUCCUAGAAAAAGGCCUUAACUAUUGGAUGAGAAAAGCUGAUAGCGUGAUGGAUAUUUGGAAAAUGAUGCGCAAUGGAACGAAAUUCCCACAUGUUGUUAGAAUUAGAUUAAUUGAUCCUGUGACAAACAGGCCUGGGUAUUUGAAUCUGUUUGACUUGCUCAAUCCUAUGUUUUCACCACAGGAAAGCAAACUAGUAUUCAGUGUACAAGAAUCAUUUCAGAAUUUAAGAAAAUUGGUAAACUUAAUAGUAACAUCCAAUCGCGUCAAAAAUGAUUAUGUGCCUAUAAAUUGCGUAUUGACUAAGCUUCUGCUGCCGUUUCUUCUUGGACAGGGGAAUCUGGUAGUGUACGCUCUUAUAAACGAAUGCCCCAAGAAUCUUCAAGCUGAGACUGUACUUACCUUGGACUUUAUCACGCAGCUCAGAAAUAUCAAGUCUUAUCAACUCCCUAAUGAACCACUUUCAGAUGAGACUGCCAAAUUCUCAGUCUACAAUCAUACACUACAGAUACUGAAAUGGCGUUCCAAAAAAAUUACAUAAUGGAACUUGAGCGUUCUAUCACCACAUUAAAAAAUUCUAUAGAGGUGGAUCUCGUAGGUGUAAAAUUAUCUAUCCAAGAUAUGACACUAAU